AUGAAGCAAAAGAUCCUGAUAAGAGUUGCUAUGACUGAUGAUACAACCCGAGCAAAAGCAAUGAAAAGCGCGGUUCAGUUUAAAGGCGUGUCAGCUGUGGAAAUAAAGGGAGAUCACAGGAACCAGAUUGAGGUGACUGGUGUCGAAGUCGAUAUGAUCUGUCUAACCAGCACACUAAGGAAAAGAGUAGCCUUUGCGGAGCUUGUAAGCGUAACCAAAGUUGAACCACCGAAGAAACCCGAUGGAGACAAAAAGCCAGAUGACAAGAAACCCGAUGAGAAGAAAACUGAGGAGAAAAAACCCGAGCCAUGUUAUCCACCAUAUUAUCCACCAUGUUAUCAACCAUGUUAUCAACCUUGGCCUCAAGGAGAUGGUGUGCCAUCUUCCUAUCCCCACCCGAGUGAUCCCUACAACUAUAUCGGGGAACCCGUCUACAAUCAGGAACCAAAAUGCACGAUCCUGUGA